AUGACCGGUCCAGAGGUUAUCAUUAUUGGGGCUGGACCCUCGGGCAUUGCCCUCGGCCACACCUUGAAACACAAACUGGGGUUUGCUGAUUUCACACUCUACGACAAACUGGACGGACCAGGUGGUACCUGGCGCAUGAACACAUAUCCAGGAGUGGGCUGUGAUGUACCUACACGUCUAUAUUCCUUCUCUUUCAACCCAAACCCAAAUUGGUCAAAGGAGUUAUGCGAGGGCCCCGAGAUCCUGCAAUAUAUGGAAGACACAGUGGAUAAAUUCCACCUGCGCAAACACAUGCAAUUCGGCGUUGAAUGUAUUUCUGCAACAUGGAAUAGUCAAGGAUUUUGGGAGGUUCGCCUGCUAGAUACGAAGACACAGGUUGAAUACACCCGAACAGCAACCGUUUUCAUUUCUGCCGUCGGUGGAAUUUCCAAACCCCGAGAUAUCAAGUUUCCUGGAAUGGAAAAGUUCAACGGCGAGAUCUUCCACACGGCACGAUGGAAUCACCAGUUUGAUUACCAUGGAAAACGUCUAGCGGUGAUCGGAAACGGAUGCAGCGCAGCCCAGGUGGUUCCUGCCCUCGCAAAGGAUGCUGGUCUCGUAAAGCAGUAUGCCAGAAGUGCACAGUGGUACCAUGAGAGACCGAACCGUGAUUUCACGGCUUUCGAAAAAUGGUGUCUUCGCAAUAUUCCUCUCUGGGAGCGUUACCUUCGCCUCCGUAUUUUCCUUGCCAGCGAUAGCCUCGUGGCAACAUACUUGCCAGGCCCGGCAGCUGCAAAAGUGCGCGCGAAGGCUGAAAGCGGCGCGCGCGAGUACAUCCACCAGACUGCGCCCAAGAAAUAUCAUAAAUUCCUUGUUCCCGACUUUCCCCUAGGAUGCAAGCGACGUAUCUUUGACCCCAAUUACCUGGAGAGCCUCCACCGCAGCAAUGUCGAGUUGGCCCCCGUGGGGAUCGAUCAUAUUGACGAAACGGGCAUCACCGGUACAGAUGGUGUCCGGUCUCAGUUCGACGCGAUCGUGCUGGCAACGGGCUUUGAUGUGCAGAAGUUCGUAGUUCCCAUGGAAGUAUACGGGAAUGAUGGGAAGAGCCUGUCAGAGCAGUGGAAAGAGUCCCGGGGUGCACAGGCGUACAUGGGGGUUUUUGUACACAACUUCCCAAACUUUGGAAUUCUGUUUGGCCCAAACACCUUCCCAGCGCACAACUCCGUGCUCUUCGCGUCCGAGGUUCAAGUAGAAUACCUCGCACGCACGUUGUUUGCACCAGUCAUUGAUCGCCGGAUAUCCUCGCUCGAAGUCAAACGCACCGCGGAAGACCAGUGGGUAAAUAGCCUACAACUUGAGCUCAAAGGUAGUGUCUUCGAAGCGGGAUGUUCGAACUGGUAUAUAAAUUCAUCGGGACGAAACUCGGCAUCGUGGCCAGGCUAUGCGUCAACCUAUUGGAAAGAGAGCCUUCUACCUCACUUUGGCGUUUUCAAGAAAGAGCGAGGAUCUAGACUCUGGUUCCUCAAUACUGUGUGGCGAUGGAUUCGAAGCACCAAGGUAAAGACGUAUCACCUCUUAUUGGUGACUCUCAUCGGCCUGAUCUUAUUGGACUUGUUGGCUUUGGGCGAUUCUGCUUAUCACAAGUGA